AUGAGCUCGGAUGCUGUUCGCCCUCGAGGGCGCCCUGCCCACACCCCAGGGACGACAGUCCUAACAUACACCCCCGAUGGCCGACGAAUCAUCACCGGUGGCUCGAACUCGGCUAUUCGUAUUUACACUGUAGAUGAAGAUGGAGAACCGCAGACCGUUGACGACGGGAUGGACGGGCAUGUCGGUGUUGCCGCGACGAACAAAUACUUCGUCAUGGGCAGCGAGGACGGCAAUGUCUGGCAGUACGAUGCAGCUACAGGCAAGUCGGGGCCUAUCCUGACACGAUGCGCGCUGCCAAUCCGUGAUCUGGCUCUGUCCAGAGAUGGAGAGUGGGUGGCCGUGGCAAGCGAUGAUCUCACCGUGAAGAUCGUCAAGGUCGAAGACAUGUCGCAAAUCAAGUACCUCCGCGAACAACAAAAAUCCGCCAAACACGUCACUUUCGAUCCCAAUGGCCGCUUCAUUGCCGUAUCCAGCACAAACGGUCUUCUCUAUAUAUACUCUCUGGCUGAGGAGGAGCCUGCGCUGGUCCACAAACUUGAUGGAGUAAUUCGCCAACUCGAACCGGAUUCCGAGGCAACAUCGAGAGCUGUAUGGCACCCCGACGGCACAGCCUUUGCCGUUGCAGAGGCAACCCGGGACGUCGCUAUCUACUCGAUUUCUUCGUGGAAGAAGGAAAAGACCUUCGCCAACGGACAUACCGGUGAGAUUACCGCGAUUAGCUGGUCGCCCAAUGGAGCUCUUUUGGUCUCGGCUGGAGCGGACAAACAGAUCGUUCUCUGGGAAACGAAGACCCAGAAAAUCGUGCAGCGAUAUGACUUUGGAAAUGUAAUCAACAUUGCCUGGCAUCCUACCAAGAAUUCUCUGUCGUUCACGACCUCCGAUGGCGAACUCUUCAUCCACGACAAUUUCGUCCCAAGGAGCCAUGAAGCUCAACUCCAGAAAUCCCUGCAGGCAGCUCCUAUAUUCCCAGGGCCAUUGACUGAAAUCUCCAACAAUCUACCACACACAUUGGCAGAUAGGUCCAGGGAAACAGUCAAGAAGCCGGUCCGAGCUGGAACACCCGAUUCAUUGGAUGAUAUUCUUGGCGGAGAUGAGGACAUGGCGGAUUUUGUCGACGAUGAUGAUGGAGCCGGCUAUGCUGAGGAUUUGAACUUCCACGGAAAGCGAUCAAAUGACCAUCUCGAUGACCUCGAUGGUCCUGAUAGCAAGCGUUUGCAAUCGGGAGCUGUUCAGCCCAAAUGCCAUCCGCCACUCCAGCCUGGUAGUACACCAUGGGCUGGCAACAGGCGGUAUCUCUGCUUGAAUCUGACUGGUGCUGUCUGGACCGUUGACCAGGAGACUCAUCACACAGUUACUGUCGAGUUUUAUGACCGGGAGCUUCAUCGGGACUUCCACUUUACCGACCCCUACCAAUACGACAAAGCAUGCCUGAAUGAUAACGGCACGCUUUUCUCUAAUAACCCAUCUGACGGUAGUCCUGCGACAAUUUUCUACCGGCCGCAUGAGACUUGGACAACUCGAGCAGAUUGGCGUACUCAAUUGCCAGAGGGAGAGAUGGUCCGAGCUCUCGCACUCAGUGAGUCCUAUAUUGUUGCUGUUACGACCAAGGGCUACGUACGAGUGUACACCCUCUUUGGCACACCGUUCAGGGUCUAUCGACAGAAGAGCCAGGCCGUAACAUGCGCCGCUUGGCGAGACUACAUCAUGACCAUUGGAAAUGGGUCCGUAUCCGCCGAUGGUCGGUAUGCGACAUUGCACUACACCGUCGAGAACGUCAAGCGCGACGAGAUCUGCCAAAAUGAAGAUGUGGUUGCUCUGCCUCCUGGAGCUCAACUACAAAGUGUUUUUUUCACAGACAGUGGUGACCCAUGUAUCUAUGAUUCAACCGGCGUACUGGUUGUCCUUCAACAUUGGCGCACACCCGGGCAAGCCCGAUGGAUACAAAGCAAAUGUCCCGUCUCGCGGGUGGACGAAAAGGAAGAAACCUACUGGCCCGUCGCCGUCGCCCAAGGGAAAUUCCACUGUAUCAUUCUGAAGGGUGGCGACAAAAACCCAUACUUCCCCCGGCCCCUUCUCAGCGAGUUUGACUUCCAGCUGCCCAUUUCCAGCAACCCGCCAAAGGACCCCUCGGAAGAUGGCGCCGACGCCGACCAAGGCAGCCGUUUCGAGGAAGGUUUUGUCCGAGGAAGCCUGCUUCUUUCACUGUUCCGCGACCUUCUGGCCUCAACCAAUGCAACCUCUGGCCAGCGUGCGGAGCUGGCGCGCAAGGAGUUGGAGCUUGACAAGACUCUGCUGCAGAUGCUGGCCAUUGAAUGCAGAGAGGGCGAGGAACGUGGUAUGAAGGCGCUGGAGCUGGUUAAUCUCAUGACUGAUCGCAAUGGUAAGAUGGUUGAGGCAGCAGCUAAGGUUGCUGAGCGCUUUGGACGCGGCGUGUUGGAGGACAAGAUUCGCGACUUGGCUGAGCGACGAGUGAUGGGCAUGGAAGAUGAUGAUGAUGAAUUGGCCUGA